GGGAGGUUGGAAAAUCCCGCCUCAAAACUGAGUUGAGAACUGUUGGGAGAAAUCCACUCACUUUUUCUUUUGCGUCUGACCUAACUAGAAGAAAGACUCUCCUACUGGAAAGAAUUUAUUUUAUUUUUUUCCCCCCCUCAGAGAGAAAAGUUUUCCUGGAGCAUGAGCUCCCCGUGUGCCCGGGUGAGACGGGUCGGGCUCUUCGGGGGCACUCACGGCAAUGAAUUAUCGGGGGUGCUGCUGGUCAGGCACUGGCAGCAGGAUGGAGCUGAGAUCCAGAGAGCAGGAGUGCAGGUGAAACCAUUCCUCACCAACCCCAGGGCUGUGGAGAGGUGCACCAGGUACAUUGACUGUGAUCUCAACCGGGUUUUUGACCCCGAGAGCCUUGGCAGGCCAGUGGUGGAAGAUAUUCCAUAUGAAGUGAGGAGGGCUCAGGAAAUCAAUCAUAUAUUUGGUCCCAAAGGUAGUGAUGAUGCCUAUGACCUUAUUUUUGACCUUCACAACACCACUUCUAACAUGGGUGGUACCAUUAUUCUUGAAAACUCCAGGGAUGACUUUACAAUUCAAAUGGUUCAUUAUAUCAAGAACGCUUUGGCUCCAGAACCUUGUCCUGCUCUGCUGAUUGAACAUCCCAGCCUGAAAUAUGCAACAACUCGCUCUGUGGCAAAACAUCCUGUUGGUGUGGAGGUGGGGCCCCAGCCACAAGGUGUUGCCAGAGCUGAUGUUUUGGACAAAAUGAGGAAGAUUGUCAAACAUGGCCUUGAUUUUGUGCAACUUUUUAAUGAAGGCAAGGAAUUUCCACCAUGCACAAUUGAAGUUUUUAAAAUAAUGGAGAAAGUAGAUUAUCCCAGGAAUAAGAAUGGUGAAAUUAUUGCAAUAAUUCAUCCUAAACUACAGGAUCAAGACUGGCAGCCACUGAAGAAUGGUGAUCCUCAAUUUUUGACUCUUGAUGGAGAAGUUAUUCCAUAUCAGGGGGACUGUACAGUCUAUCCAACAUUUAUUAAUGAAGCUGCAUAUUAUGAAAAGAAACAAGCUUUUGUAAAAACAGAGAAAAUCAAACUCUCUGCAAAACACCUCAGGUUGUCAGAGAAGAGCACUUCUUAAGAGCUUUGUUCAUAUAAAAAGUGAGUUUCUUUGUGAAGUCCAGGGUCAUUCAGUAGUUACUUGUGGGAUACAUAAAUGCAGAAUCCAAUUUUAAAUUGUAAUUUAAUUAACCUUGCUGAGCACUUUGAGAUCUAUUGUCAUAAUCCUGAUUAUGACUCUGUUUAUUGUUCUAAUAGAC